AUGGUUCAGUUAGGACAGUUUGGAGAUCUCAAGACUUCCGAUGGUCUCAAAAAUCUCAACACCUAUCUCGAAGACAAAUCUUACAUUACCGGAUAUCAGCCAAGCCAAUCAGAUGUUGCUGUAUUUGAACUGUUAAAGGGAGCACCAUCUGCUGAGUACAUACACUGCCUUCGCUGGUUCAAUCAUAUCAAGUCAUAUGGGGAUGAUAAGAAAAAGUUUCCAGGUGAAAAACCAAAACUUGAUGCUAAACCAGCAGCUCCAGCUGUUGCCAAGAAAGAUGAUGAUGAUGACAUUGACUUGUUUGGGUCUGACGAUGAGGUUGAUGACGAAGCUGAAAGGGUCAAGAAAGAACGUUUGGCUGCUUACGAAGCUAAAAAAUCUAAAAAGGAAGCCAUCAUAGCCAAAAGUAACAUUGUGCUCGAUGUCAAACCCUGGGAUGAUGAAACGGAUAUGGCUCAGGUGGAGGAAUGUGUUCGAUCCGUACAGUGUGAUGGUCUGCUCUGGGGGGCCUCCAAGCUUGUACCUCUUGCUUAUGGUAUUAAAAAAUUACAAAUAACCUGUGUUGUUGAAGAUGACAAGGUUGGCACUGACUUUUUGGAAGAAGAGAUAACAAAAUUUGAGGAUCUUGUGCAAUCAGUUGACAUUGCUGCCUUCAAUAAGAUAUAA